AUGAUUUUAAUUAUCCUAGCCCUUGCGUUUCUUAUCUUUUGUGUUUACCAAAAGACAAGCAAUGCUAUGUGUAAAUCUAACAAAAACCUUAACGGGCGAACGGCUAUAGUGACUGGUGGAACUGCAGGACUUGGCUUUGAAAAAGCGAAAGAUUUCGCCGUGCGAGGUGCCAAAGUAAUAAUUGCGUGUCCAUUUGCAGAAGAAGGCAUGACAGCGGAAAGGGAGAUCCGUAAGCAAACAGGAAACUGCAAUGUAAUUUUCAAGCUCCUCGAUUUGUCUUCCUUGAAAUCUAUUCGUGAAUUUGCUAGCAAUAUAAUUAAAAAUGAAGAGAGAUUAGAUAUUUUAGUCAAUAACGCAGGGGUUGGUAUUCCCGUUGAUUGUGUCACAAAAGACGGCAUGCAUUUUAUCAUGCAGGUAAAUUACUACGGUCAUUUCUUGCUGACGAUUCUUCUGCUACCGUUACUGAAAACAUCGAGUUCUACCGAGGAGCCAGCUAGAAUUGUGAAUAUGUCAUCGUUUCUUCACAGGUAUGCAAGUUCCGAUAUAGAUAAUUAUAAUCGUUCCAGUUAUUGGUGGAAGUUGAGGGUAUAUUGUAACAGCAAGUUCAGUUUUGUGCUGUUUAGUCGAGAAUUAAGUCGAAGAUUGAAAGGAAGCAAUGUUGUCAUCAACUGUUCUGAUCCAGGAUUGAGCGCAACAAGAAUACACAAACUACAUGAACAGUUAACCUUAAGGUUAAUCACGGAGAUCUAUAUAUACUUCUUGUACGUUUUCUUCAAAACUCCGCGGGAAGGUGCCCAAAGUGCAAUUUAUGCGGCCGUUGAAGACGCUGGUACAGUGAGUGGUCUAUAUUUUGCAAACUGUGAUCAAAUCAAACCGUCUUCUCUGGCAAAUGACAAUUACUUAGUCAAAAAGUUAUGGGAGCAAUCUGUUAACCUUGUCAAAUUAAACGAUGACGAAUUGAACAGAGGUUUCAAAUAGAUCUUAAUAUUUUUUCGUCAGUUGAUUCCAUGUAUAUAUACCGUGAAUGUUAUAUAGAAUUUAUACAUGACAAUUUCCCUUGAUUUUAAAUAGAUAGAUACUAUCACUAUUAAAAUAUUUUACUUA